AUGUCCGCCCCAUCUGACGCCAAAGACUAUAGCGACUGGACAGUGAUCUACGACGAUCAGAAUAAAAAAAAUGAAGACAAGCUGUCUGAUAGAAGGAAAACACUUGCACGCACACUCUCAAUACCCAAGACGAUGUGUAUAUUGUCCGACACGAAGACUGAGAUAUCCACAGUGGCUGAGCUGCCCUCGCCCAAACUGAAGCUUCCUCAAUUGGGCGACGAAUCAACCGAAAGAGUCUUUCCAGUUCGUUCGGUCGUUUCGUUUGAUUCGACGCAAUCAUCUGCGUUACCAACUCCCUCUAUUGAUAAACUUGAAACGCCAAUAUCGCCAUUUUCAGACACUUGGACUGGUGGCCUCGGUGAUGAGGAUGGCUGUCGACAGAAAAAUGGUUCUUCCAGGGGUUUUAAUAUGGAUUCGAGUGCUUCCAAGACGCAUGAAUUUUCUGCCCGGGUCCGUCAAAAGAGGGAGAGUGAGAGCGACACUGCAUCUGUGCCCAAGGAGCAGCCCACGCCAGGUCAAGGUUAUUCAAAGGAAACACCCGGAGGGAAAGGACACGUUUUGGCAAAUUUGCAAGAAACUAUGCGAAACGGCAGUGAUGUUCUCGGUACCCACAAGAGAACAAAGGAGAUACAAUAUUCGCACGAAGAUGAAGAGGAUAUUUUCAUUCAAUCCUUUGGUGCACUUCUUGUGGUUACCGAGUCUGACGGCAACUUGGAGAUACAGAUAGCCAGCAGCAACUCCAAGGAUAUCAUUGGGUAUUCUCCUGACGAGCUCUUUGAUAUGCAAUCACUUUGUUAUGUCUUGCCUCCCUCUCAACGACGCAUCUUCAUAAAUCACUGCAACUCUGUUUUGAGCAACCAAUACGAUGUUGAAGCUUCGGGUCCAGAUGUCUUCUCGUUUUCCAUAUUGUCACCAACUGGUGUCACUCAAUACCAUUGGUGCAUCAUGCAUACCAGCAAUAUACAUAAAAACUACAUUAUCUGCGAGAUUCAGCCGGAAACUUUUCCUGUUCACUUGGAUGAAAACAUAAACAAACUCGCAAGGUCAGAAAGUGAACAAUUAGACUCGACUUCAGGGGCAUAUUUCAAGAGCUUGAAACCCCCAGACACAAACGACAGCAACACACCCAAUCCAUCGGAGCUUCUCAACACAGUUCCCCGAAUCCUUCGACAACUAACAAGUUCCCAAACAUUGGAAGCCCUUGUUCAAGACACCAUGACCAUUUUGCAAGAGGUUGUUCGAUUCGACAGAACAUCCAUAUAUCACUUUGAUAGUGAUCGGAAUGGCAUCGUUGUCGCAGAUGCCAGCUCAUCUGCCGAGUUCAUUUCGCAUGAAGGCGUCCAUUUCCAGGGGUCAGCAUUCCCAGAAACAGCAAAAGCACAAUACACGCGCAACAUUGUCUCUUUCUCUUAUUCGGGGACUCAUGACAAGGCAAGUCUUGUGUAUCGUGCUUCUCCCAACAAACUGCUACUGGACAUGGCCCACACCUAUCUAUCAGUUGCACCAACGCCCUCGAAACCCCAUGCAGAGAAUCCAGUCAGAGCUUGUUUGUCCAUUCAAAUAAGUGUGUGUGGUAAGCUUUGGGGUCUUAUUUCAUGUAAGUCCUACACAAGUAAUCAAGGAUUGCAUCCACUGAAUCAGAAACUCUGCUGGUUUAUUUCCGAGGCUGUUUCGAGCAACAUCAAGCGCCUAUCGUACAGUCUGCCCUUUCAGCUGAGGGAGUCCAAUGUUUCCCCAAACGACGCAGAUAAAGUGGCGGCAAUCAAGACUCCACCAGGAGACUUACUCAGUCUCUUUGAGGCAGAUUAUGCCGUGGCAUCAAUUCUUGACGAAACAAAAAUCCUGGGCAAACCAAUUGAUUCGCAGGAAGUCCUGGCUUUACUUGAAUAUAUGAAAUCGAAGGAGAACGACACUCCCCUCUGGUCUACAGACGUUGCCUCAGACUUCCAAGAUCUUAAUUACCCACCAGGGUUUCACCAUCUGGCAGGUCUACUCUAUAUCCCACUCUCGCGGGAUGGGCAUGACUUCAUCAUUUUCUUUCGAGCUGAUUCUGGGGACUUUAAUCCCGAAGAGAUCCCCCAAAAUCCUGCAAAUCAUGAAGCGGAGAAAUCGAGCCGACAGCAACUUUGGUCAACCGCUGAAUUCGGGAAAGCGUCUAUCUUGUCUCUACUGUACAGGACAUUUACCGAUCUAUGGCAAGAAAAGGAGGUCACUAUGCAAAACAAUCAGUUGAUGAGGCUACUUCUUGCCAACUCUGCGCAUGAAUUUAGAACUCCGCUCAACGCCAUAAUAAACUACUUGGAAAUUGCCCUCGAUGGACCUUUGGACCGAGAGACAAGACAUAAUAUAUCUAGAUCCCAUUCUGCCUCCAAAUCAUUGGUAUAUAUCAUCAACGACCUUCUGGACCUCACCAAUACCGAAAAUGGACAACGAUUGAUCAAAGACGAGGUGUUCAACCUUUCAGAAACCCUAACCGAGGCGACCGAUAUCUUCUGGGAGGAAGCAAGACAAAAAUAUGUCGAUCUGCAGGUAGUCCAACAUGCCGCUCUACCCCCGGUUCUUGGAGACCAGCGACGGGUACGCCAAGUCAUUACCAAUCUGAUCAGCAAUGCUGUACAGCAUACGUCGUCCGGAGCCGUCACAAUCGAAUCUUGUGUCGUGCCGGAGUCACUGGAUUCCAAUCAGAUUUCCGUGGAAGUUGCCAUCCACGAUACUGGGUCGGGCAUGUCACAGGAGACGGUAGAAAUCCUCUUUUGUGAACUAGAGCAGGUAUCCAACAAGGGAUACAUGCAGGACCCCAAAUCCUACGAGCAGUCCAAUGGCCAAUUUCUGGACACUGAGGGUGUUCUUGGCCUGGGGCUCGCUCUCGUAGCUCGAAUCGUGCGAAAUAUGAAUGGGCAGCUGAGCUUGAAGUCUGAAGCAGGAAAGGGAAGUUGCUUCAAGAUCAGGCUUAAGUUCCCUCUUCCCGAAGAAGACUGCGGACAAAGGCAGAGCCCACUCGCUGCGUCAGACGAGAGUUUGAAAAUAGACGAGACAAGGCGGAAAAAUGCAUCGCUUUGUGCGCCGGGCCAGAAUAAAAAUGGAGUUCCUUGUGAGUGUGGUGAGAGUCCAGAGUUUUCGUCCGGAGAGCCUGUCGUCAAUAUCGAUGUCAGUCUCAAAUCUGGCAUGACCAAGAAUCUCUGUCUUCGCGGGAAUGAGCUUGAAAAGAGCAAUCUCUUAGAUGAGAGCGACCCAAGCAUAGCCACCAAGCAUUCACCAUCGAAAGCAACUCAAACUCCCUCCAAGAGGCGUUCCUCGUCCACAAUUGCAACAAAAGAGACCCAAGACCAAACAAGCGUAUCCCCAACGAUGAAUUGGAACCUCCACGUUCUCGUCGCUGAGGAUGAUCCCAUCAACAGCACUAUCGUCCGCAAGCGCCUCGAAAGGCUCGGCCAUACGGUCCACUUAACCGCCAACGGCAAGGAAUGCGCAACUAUCUACAACCAAAAUCCUACACGCUUCGAUGCUGUACUGAUGGAUCUACAAAUGCCUAUUGUUGACGGACUCGGCGCAACAAAGAUCAUACGCGAGUACGAGCAGCAGGAGAUAGCAAAUGAGUCGGCCCUAGCACCUCGUAUCCCAAUCUUCGCGGUUUCGGCGUCUCUGCUGGAAGAAAACCGCGAGAUGUAUAUCGACUCUGGAUUCGAUGGCUGGGUGAUGAAGCCGGUUAACUUCCAGCGGGUGGAUCGAUUGCUGGGAGGGGUGAAGCUCCCGUGGGUGAGAAGGGAGUACGUUUAUGAGCCGGGGAUGUGGGAAGAAGGGGGGUGGUUUGAAGCUUAG